AUGGCACUUUCAGUGGACAAACGGUAUGAAAUUGUCUUUUUAUCUCAUCAUCCAAUGGGACUAAAACUUGAUGUGAAGGCUGUUUCGAAAGUAGUGAAUUGUGCAAAGAGUACCGUACAAUAUUGGCUCAACAGGUGGAAAGAAUCGAAAGAUCUAAGUGACUUGAAGCGCACUGGACGACCUCGUGGUACAACAGAAAAAGUGGACCAACGAAUUAGUGAUCUCGUCAGCAACGACAAUAUUGCCACAACACGUGACAUACAACAUGUCUUGAAGCGGCAAAAGCUACAUAUCAGUCAAGAGACGUUUCGACGUCGAUUGAAAGAAUCUGGAGCUAAGUUUAGUCCAUCGAUAUCGAAACCACUUUUAGCAGAAAAACAUGGACAGAAACGUCUUCAAUGGGCUCAAGCUACACGUGAUAUGGACUGGAAUCGAGUAAUUUUUUCUGAUGAGACUACUGUGCCGUGUGAAGUGACGCGUACGAAAUAUAUAUUAGUUGAUUUUUAUCGACAUCAAUGCAAAAUAAUGUCAAUCACCGAUAGUAAAAUGAAAAUUGAAACCUUGGCUUGGAUAACUGAUGAUGAAGCUGAAUUUUGGACGAGUACAUCACCUAGAAAAACAAAGAAAACAUUUCAUCAUUUUUCAGCAUCGAAAGAUUUUUCUUCUGAUGAUCUUCAUUAUGAAACAAAUAAUCAAUUAAAUUCAAAAAUUGAAGAUCCUUUAUCAUUAUCAUAUAAACAACUAAUUGAAAAACAAGCGACAGAAGUUUCAGAAAAUGCCAAAAAAAUUCGAAUUUAUGAAAAAUUUCAAUUGGAAGAAAAUAGUCCUGUAAUAAGUGCAAGCUUUCUUGAUCGACUAUUUCGUUCAUCAAACAGACCACCAGUUACACGAACCGAUUAUAUAGAUGAUGAAGUCUUUACUGAUAUUGAUGAAAGUGAAAUAAGAGCCGCAAUGAAUGGUAAUACAGAUACUGAUGCAUCAUCAAAUGUUGAAAAUAAAUUUAUGAAUAAUCUUAAAUCAUUUGUUGAUGAAUUAAAUGAAGAAAAAGAUGUUAUUAUGGGAACGAUGGAUGAAGAAACAUUAUUUAAUCGAAGAAGUCAAAAAGCGAAAUCUUUAUCUUCAUCAAUUAAAAACGAUGAUAUAUUAUUUAAUUACACAUCUUUUUGA